AUGGGAGAAAAUGUUUCAGCGGUCCUACAACAGAAAUUGCUUUCUAAACAUAAGGAUCCAGGUAUGUUUACUGUUCCUUGCAAAAUAGGGAAUAUUAAGGUCGAAAAAGCAUUGAUAAAUUUAGGAGCUGCAAUAAAUAUUAUGCCUCGCUCAAUUUAUAAUUCUUUGAAUUUGGGACCAUUAAAAGAAACGAGUGUCAUAAUGCAACUUGCUGAUAUGUCUAAUGUAUGUUCUGAUGGGGUAUUGGAGGAUAUUCCAGUUCAAGUUGAUAAAUUGGUUUUUCCUGCAAAUUUCUAUGUGUUAGAUAUGGAUGAUGAUUUUUCUGUGUCACCUCCAAUUUUGUUAGGUAGGCCAUUUUUAAUGACAUCUAAAACAAAAAUUGAUGUUUAUUCAGGAACCUUGACAAUGAAAUUUGAUAGCGAAAUAAUAAAAUUCAAUACUUGUGAUGCCAUUAAAUGUUCCAUUGUGGCACAUUCUGUUUUUGUUAUCGAUGACUCUUUCAUGCAACAAAAGUUUGAAUUAAAUGGUAGAGAUGCGUUGAAGGUUGUAAUCAAUUGCAAUUUUGAUUCGCACGAGAUGUCAAGAGUGGCAAAGGAAUUCGAGUUACAUCCAGAUUGA